AUGGCGAAGCUUACUGGACUGCUGGUAGCCCCUGGGGGCCUUGUGACCCUCAGAGGGCACAGCCACUCCAGUGGAAUGGUGCAGGUGUGGUGCCUACUUUUCCCUCCCGGGGCGGAGCUGCACCAGGCUUGGGCAGUCUUCCUGCAGGGGAACUGGGAAGCUGGCGGAGCCCUGCGCCGCAGAGCCCGAUGGGGCGGGACGGGGUUUCCCGAAGAGCAGCCUAGAGUGCCCUCCCACAGACUCACCAACAGCUCCCCGUCACCCCUCCAGAGCGUGUUCCUCGCCUCUCUGAGGAGGACAGAGCCACCGGGACAUUCCGCUCCUACUGGAACCCACCUGUUAAUGUGCAGUCUUGCUCGCACUCUGGAUACUCUGAGAAGAGGGGAAUUUUCACCUACACCGGCGCCCGCAGUGACUACACUUGUCAUUCAGUGUAGUCACCGCCACAUUCUGGAAAGCCCCUUCGGUCACCAGCGGAGCGAGAGGCACCUGACUCACGAAGCACCUGUCCACCCCGGUCCCACCAUCACCUCGGAGGAGUCCAGGGACUCCGUGAACGAUUAUUCAGGCCACAAAGCGUCCUCCGUUUCUGAUGUAAAUUCUGACAUAGCUGCCCCCGUGGGCUUGGAUGGAUGGUCUGAGAACGCAGUGCAGGUAGCCUGUGGGUGCGGCCUGGGCAGGCUAAAGGCACACAGUGUCAGUUCUCCGGCUGAGAGUGACCGUCACGGAAUCGGACACCAAGCCCUUGCCAUUGGCAACGAAGGCACGCGGCGACUCGGCUCCGCCCCCGUUGCCAGGGCGACGCGACGCGCGCUUUGUGCUCCCGGCCCCGCCGCCCUCGGCGUCCCGCACCUGCUGGGCCGCGGAACUUUUCAAAUCUCCCGCCCGCAGCGCUGCGCGGUGUCCGACUGGGAGCCGCCGAGGCCGCCGCUCCCGCGCGCCGACAUGAAAGGAAACCGUGCUGAGAGAAGUGACAUGGAGCCUGAGGAAGUUCACCUGGGGGCCCGAGCAGUGAAAGCCGCUGGCGAUGAGAGGAUGAGCGCUUUUCUAUGUCGCACCAGGUGUCCCUCGGGAUGGUUCCCUGGAAUUGCCACCGCGGGGAGCAUCGCUAAAUUACAUCAAGGGACUCAGCGCAGCGGGUUCGUGGGGAGUGGCCUGAGGAGGAGCUUGACGAGUGCAAAGAUCCCACUCUACACGCUCUUGCUACCACGCUCUCCCUCCCGGAUGGUUAAAUACUGUAGAAAAGUCCCUGUCCAGCUUCAGAAUGGAUCCGGGAGCCUGAUUUCCUUGCCAGCAACAUAGAACGCAUCACACAGUAGAACUGAAGGUCCUGACACCUCUCUUCCGACGCCUGUUAUUUCCUGCCAGCUGCCUCCUUCAGGACAUGGGCUGCUUUGGGCAGCAAAUAGCCACUCUGCAGCAAAGGGAAAAGAGUCCUGUUGUUUGCUGGCCCUUUAACAACAGGACAGUCGUAAGUAUGUUAUCUUUCUCUCCCACAAAAGUAAGGCAGAAGGCCAAGAUCCUGGGCUCCAGCCCUUGGUCUCCUGGUUCACUCCAGGGUCAUAGCAAUGAGUGACAGGGCAGAGCUGCGUGCCCCGUGCCCACAAUCCCUAUUGGGCUGUCUGGGCAGAGAUCCCCACGACUGAACCUGGUUGCCCGCUGGACACAGGAUUAGAGCUGAGAACAAACUGCCUAUCCACCUGCCUGGCAAACUGCUUCCCAGAGGACCCCGGCCAGUCUUUCAGCAGGGCACCCCUGGAGGUUUCAUUUCCACGUGCACUACACUCAUUUGUCCACUCUCAGGGGUGCAAGAAGGUGGGAAACAGCCAGGUACUUAUGACAAGGUUCCAGCACCUGGAAAUAGGUCUUUGUGAUACAAACCCAGUGGAAGCAAUUUUCAAAACACCCCAAGGCUCCAAAGGCAGCUUGCAGUACAAUCUUUAUAAUACAUAAUAUUAGUAUAAA